AUGACGGGCCGCACCUAUCCAACACGACAAACUCAGCCGGAGCUUGACGAUCAGCAAGACCUCAGUGAGGUGAUGAGGACUGUUCGCAAAAAGAAUGCCGACAUGCGAAAGGCUAAAGCAGCAGUGGUGGACGAUGCUGCUCCUCUUCUGAUCUCCUCUACCUCUCGAAAUUCUCCAACAGAAAACAGGAAACGUGGCAGGUCCAUUGAUUCCGAUAUUGACGACGACACACAGCGAAAAAGGCAACAUACAUCCUCUCCUCCUGAAUCUUCCAUGAGUUCGCCCACUCCUUCAAGGAAAGGCAUUACAUUCAAAACCACGACUAGAACUCGUCAAACACGAAAAGCAAGAUCUAUAGCCCGAUACACCCAGUUGCAGUCAGGCCAGAUCGAAGCCCCUGAACAGAGAUCUGAGCCAGGGACUGACCAAGAUGUGCAGUAUCAGUCAGUCCAAGAUCUGGAUAUUGGUGAGGCUGGGGGUAGUUUCAGUGAAGAUGAGACUCGCUCGGAAGUUGAUCGAGACCUAACAUCUGAGCGCAGCCCAGUGGGCCAGAGCGAGGAUGAGGACGAUCUCGAUAGCGAAGGUCAAAGUCGACAAGAGCGCGUAGCUCGUGAAGAUGGAAGCCCUGAUAGAGGACUGAGCGAUCCACAGACACCUGUGAGAGCGGACUGUGACCACCGGAAGCACGAAUCCACCAACCCUGCCGAGUCACAGUUGUUGGAGGAAGACGAACUGGCUUCAUAUCGCCGUAUGGAUGCAUUUGUCAAACGUCAGUACGCUUUGAUACAUAAACGAAUCAAAAGAUUCAUUGGUACGUACUGCAAUUUCACCAUUCAGGGAGGCAAAGAUUUGGACGGCGACGGUGUUCCCUUGAAAAGACCUAGUAUGGAUCUCCUCUGCGCCGUUAAGGAGAUGGCUCCAGCUACCGCGCUGAGAGGAUGGCCUGAAAUGGUAAUUGAGAACGAAGAUAGAGGGCUUCUGAUUUACGCAAUCAUCGGGAAGAUUAUUCAUGAGGAUGUUAUUUCUAGACCACUGUGUGGUGCAACAAGACGCCAAGUGAAGGAGAUAUAUAAGAUGGGAAAAAAGGUGCUAUCGAAGAAUGGCCAUGGGGGUUUCAUAUACAACGAAUGCCUCGCGAAGAUCGUGGAAAGGAUUGAAAAGGCUCCCGAAUGGGAAGAGGAAUACGGCUGGGAAACCCACCGUAUAUCGAUCAAGAUCUUCGAUGCUUUACAGCCCAUCCUAGCGCUCAAUCCAGGUUUCAAACCUUUAAUCGGGAAGAAGAACACACAGAUCUCACGACUGGUCUUCAUGGACGCAAAAGAAGAACAUACUCUCCACAGAAAGAUGAUCCUGUCCCUACUUACCAUAGUGCAAGCUGCUGCCGAGCUGCACCUAAAGAUGCGAAAAGACCCAUUGGUGGUCUACCGUCACCCAACGUGCAAGACGGCACAGGCGUUCAGCCCGGACGAGCAUCAUGCGAUCAACAAUGACUGGGUAGACAAGAAGCCUCGGAUUGGCAGCCCGGAGGUUGAGACGGAUAUAGACCAGCAGUGGGUCGACGACGUCCGGCGAGCCCGGCCCCUGGUCAGGUUCGUUGGCUUGCCCGGAUGCACGGCCCUGAGAAAACACGACUGGGAUGAGGACUUUGGGGCGGAGGGCCGUUUGUUGGCUCACGCAAGGGUCGCCAUCUGGUGGGGAUACAGCCACGAGGACCUGAGCGAGGAGGAGAAGAGGCAGAGACGGGGACGGAAUCUGAGAGAUGCAAUGCUGGGAAACGACCCGCUGAAUAGGUCUCGCGUCACCGAGGAGUCUCAAGAUGGCGAUAGUUACGCCAGCGAAGGCGAACCCACCGCUCCUCCGAGCUUCACACGCAGAUUGGAGCAAUUCCAGCAUCGGGAGUUACGAUCAAGGCCGACUACGGCAUCGCACGUGUCCAUAGCUCGCCCUCACUCAAAGUCUCAUUCCACAGCCAUUCCACCCCUCGGACGGAACCGAUCUGCGGUCACCAAGUCAACGUCGAACUCGCCUUCUCGAACACCCAAGAAGCGCCGAUCGUCAAGCAAAUAUGCCGACCCUUCGAAAUAUGCACAUCUCCCGGGGUUACGCGACGUCCUCGAGCCUGGACUCAUCUGUAUCUUCAUAGGCGCUAAUCCUGGCAUAUCAACUGCCACAUCUGGUCACGCAUACGCACAUCCUUCGAAUCUCUUCUGGAAACUGUUACACUCAUCAGGUUGUACGGAUAGGCGGUGUCGCCCUGAAGAAGACGGGGAUCUACCGCGGCUAUACUCAAUGGGCAACACAAACAUUGUUUCGCGGCCAACGAAGGAUACUGCGGAGUUGUCGAAGGCGGAACAAGUUGCUGGCACUAGAAUAUUAGAUGAGAAGAUACUAAAGUAUAAGCCUGAGGCUGUGUGUAUUGUUGGUAAAGGCAUAUGGGAGAGUAUAUGGAAGUAUCGCCAUGGGAAAAGUCCUAAUGUAAAGGAGUUUUGUUAUGGGUGGCAGGAUGAGAAGGAGAACAUGGGCAGAAGUCAGGACGGUGAAGAAUCUGACGGCUGCGGUGGAAUAUGGCAUGGUGCGAGAGUCUUUGUGGCUACGUCUACUAGUGGGCUUGCUGCGACUCUGAAGCCAGCGCAGAAGGAAGAGAUAUGGCUUCCAUUUGGACAGUGGGUCAAGCAAAGAAGAGACAAAAGAGCUCUUCAGGCAGCUAAGUAA